UCCUAGGCAGGCACCGUGACAGGAGAGCGGAUGAGGUGAAGUCUUUUUCCACGGUUAGCAACAGAAACGAACCAGUUUCGGUGUUUUUAGCGGCUACGUUGGACUUGUUUUUUACACACGAGCUCGGGUCUGGCUGUGUUUAGAGAUCGGGGAGAUAUUUCGUCCUGUUUUUAAAAGACUGUGGACACUGGAGGAAAGUUUAAAUCCCUGCGCUGCCCGGGGGGAAAGGUGAGACGGGUGCAACUUUAAUUUCCCUUGCUGUCCCGUGUGUUGACGACAAUACUGGGCGGUUUUGAUUAACAAUCUCCCGUCUAGUAGGAUUUCUUUUUGAGCAGUUGCGUUGUUUCGCUAUCCUAAACUGAACUCUUGUAAGCAGCAUGUCUGACAAGUGUGGCGCCGUGUAACCAGUUUAUCCAGCUCGGCGGGGAGUUUCGACGACUGUUUGACUUCCAGGUAAACCGCUGACCAGGUUUGCCGCUCUUCAAAAGCACACCCGUAAAAAGCCGUUUCACAGCAAUGGCUGGUUUGAGUAAUGUCCACAUGAAAACCCUGGAGGACCUGACACUGGACUCUGGCUACGGGGCGGGGGACUCCUGCAAAUCCCUCAGCCUAUCCUCCUCUAAGUCAAACUCCCAGGCCUUCAUGACGGCCCCUCACCGGGGCAACUGGUGGUACUACUCCGGCUCCAUGAACAGCAGGAACAACAGCUGGGACACUGUCAACACCGUCCUCCCCGAAGAUCCGGAGGACAUCUUCUCCAAGUGCCCCCGCUUACCUGAGCUGGAAGAGUUCCCCUGGACCGAAGAGGAGGUGGCUAAGAUACUUCGCAAAGUGGCCGAGAGUGGGAGCAUUAAAGGGGGACCUACACCUGUGUUCUCCCCGGAGGCCGUGAGGCGGCUCUCCGCUCUCCUCCGCAAGGCUCUGAUCCGCAUCUCCAGAGAGGCUCAGCGUCUCAGCGUCAUGCACUGCCGCUGCACACGCUUCGAGGUCCAGAGCGCCAUGAGGCUGGUGCUCAGCUGGGCCCUGGCCGACCACUGCGUCUCUGCUACAGUCAAGGCUAUCUCCAUGUACAGCAUGAGUGCUGGGGAGCUGCUGAGGAAGGGCAAGUCUGCUCGCUGCGGCCUCUCCUUCUCCGUGGGACGCUUCUUCCGCUGGAUGGUGGACACCCGCAUCUCCGUGCGCAUCCACGAGUACGCGGCUAUAUGUCUGACAGCAUGCAUGGAGGCUUUGGUGGAGGAGAUAGGAGCCCGGGUGCUGAUAGCCGAGAGGGGUCACUCGGGGCCAGAUUCAGGGUCAGCAUGCACCCCAGUGAGUGCAGAGGCCCUGGAGGUGGUGGUCAACAAUGACGCGGAGCUGUGGGGAGUCCUGCAGCACUAUGAGCACCUGAUCUGCGGGAAGAACGCCAGUGGUGUUUUGUCUCUUCCGGCCCAUUUCAGUCCCUACACAGAGAACCAGCAGACGUCUGUGGACAGCAGGGAGGAUGCCUAUGCCCAGCUGGAGCUGAGGACGCUGGAACAGUCUCUGCUGGCUACCUGUGUGGGCAGCAUCUCUGAACUCAGUGACUUGGUGUCCCGUGCAAUGCACCACAUGCAACGUCUGAGCUCAGUGCGCCCGGGGCUGAGUCCAGCUCGCCACGCCCGUCCCCAGCAGCCUGUGUCCUGGUCGCCCGACGCCCUCCACACCCUUUACUACUUCCUGCGCUGCCCACAAAUGGAGUCCAUGGAGAAUCCCAACUUAGAUCCCCCACGCAUGGCACUUAGCAAGGAGAGGCCAUUCCUGCUGCUGCCACCACUGAUGGAGUGGAUGAGAGUGGCCAUAGUUCAUGCUGAGCAUCGCAAGAGUCUGUUGGUGGACAGUGACGAUGUCAGACAGACAGCCCGGCUUCUUCUUCCAGGACUGGACUGUGAACCGAGACAGCUGAAGCCCGAGUGUUGCUUUAGCUCCUUCAAGCGUCUGGACUCCAAAGCUGCCACAGACAAGUUCCAUUUAGACUUAGGUUUUCGGAUGCUCAAUUGUGGACGCACAGACCUCAUAGGCCAAGCCAUUGAUCUGCUGGGGCCAGACGGGGUCAACAGCAUGGAUGACCAGGGGAUGACCCCUCUGAUGUAUGCCUGCGCAGCUGGAGAUGAGGCUUUGGUCCAGAUGUUGAUCGAUGCUGGGGCCAACCUCGACGUGGCGGUUCCACCGUGCUCCCCAAAGCACCCCUCUGUGCAUCCUGAUAGUCGACACUGGGCAGCCCUCACUUUCGCUGUGCUGCAUGGACACAUCUCUGUUGUGCAGCUCCUUUCGGAUGCGGGGGCCAAUGUGGAGGGGGCCGCAGUCCGCAAUGGACAGGAGAGCACGGCAGACACCCCACUGCAGCUGGCUUCAGCAGCAGGCAACUAUGAGAUGGUGAGUUUGCUUCUGGCACGGGGCGCCGACCCCUUACUGAAAACCCACGAUGGAAACGCCCUGACGUCCUCUCUCUAUGAAGACAUGAACUGCUUCAGUCAUGCCGCUGCACAUGGACACAGGAACGUGCUGAGAAAGCUACUGACUCAGCCCCAGCAAGUGAAAGAGGAUGUCCUGUCCCUGGAGGAGAUCUUAGCUGAGGGAGUGGAGGGUGAGGAGGCCGGCAUCUGCCCUUUCCUCCCUCUCUCCCCCCUCCCUACCCCAUCUUCUGGCCCUGGGGCCUUGCCAGAGGUGGGCAUACCCAGGCUCUGCAAGGCCAGGAUGAAGGCUCUGCAAGAGGCCAGCUACUACAGUGCUGAGCACGGCUACUUGGACGUGACCAUGGAGCUACGAGCUAUGGGUGUACCAUGGAAACUACAUGUGUGGCUGGAAUCUCUGCGUUGUGCCCAGCAGCAGUCCAGAGCAGGGGUCACUCUUUCCCUCCUCAGAGAGUUCACCACGAUCCGAGAAGAGGACUACUGUGAGGAGCUGGUCACCAUGGGCCUGCCCCUCAUGUUCAAUAUCUUACGGACCACCAAGAAUGAUGCCAUUAUCCAGCAGUUGGCAGCUAUUUUUAGUCACUGUUUUGGCCCAGCACCCCUUCCAGCCCUCCCCGAGAUGAAGGCAACUCUUUCAGCACAGUUGGACCCUCACUUCCUGAAUAACCAGGAGAUGUCAGAUGUGACUUUUGUGGUGGAGGGGAAACCGUUCUACGGCCACAGAGUGCUGCUCAUCACUGCUUCUGACAGAUUCAAGUCUCUGCUGGCCUUUUCUGGAGCAGAUGGAAGCCCCAACAAAGAGGUUGAGAUCAGUGAUGUCAAGUACAACAUUUUCCAGAUGAUGAUGUCAUACCUGUACUGUGGUGGAACAGAGUCGCUGAAAACUAAUGUGUCUGACUUGUUGGAGUUGUUGUCAGCUGCCAGUCUGUUCCAGCUGGGGGCGCUACAAAGACACUGUGAACUCAUCUGCUCUCAUCACAUCAACCUGGAUAAUGCAGUCAGCAUCUACAAGACAGCCAAGGCCCAUGGUUCGUUGGAGCUGAGCUCCUUCUGUGAAGGUUACUUCUUGCAGCAUAUGCCUGCUCUGCUGGAGAGAGAGGGCUUCAGGAGCCUGCUGCUGGGACCCCCCGCGGCCCGACAAGGGAACAACUCCACUUCUACGCUGGUUCACAGCCGGGGAGACUCACCUCUGGAGGAGCUGGAGGCCACCCUGGCACAAAGACUACGCUCGCUGUAUGUCACCUCCCGAGUCUGAGGACAACAGGAUGGAUGCUGAGAAGACAGAGGAGAGAAAUAAGUGGAAGAAUGUGGCAGUGUUGAAGCAGAAGUUUCAUUUUACCACUGAUACGGGAUCCGAUUUUUACAGAGAUGUCUAAAUGGUUGGAGAACAUGUUUUCUUCGUAACAUCUGAUCCUGGCUCUGAUCACAAAGCAACUUCCACAGUACUUUGACACUGGGACACAGAUCAGUGAAUUAUUUGGCAGCAGUUAAGACUUUGCUCUGUGGACAAUUCAGUGUUUCAUAUUUUUGUGCCAAGCACUCCAUCUUGACAUUUAUUACAGUGCACAGCAUGUUCAUGAAGAAGAAAAUUUGACAAUGUGAGGCUUUUCUCCAAGGCUCAGGAAGCUUAAAUGGAGAAGCAACAGAUGGAUGCAACAGGUGGCAACUCUGAAUCAUGAAACACUGCUGCCCUCUAAUGGACAAAACUGGCAAAAUAAACAGUUGCCUUGGACGACUGGGAUCUGUGGCAUCCUCCUGGUUCUGACUGAAGCAUCUAAAGAAUUGAGUGAGGAAGCCAUGCUGGACUUUUGGCUUUGUCCUAAUUUCAGUUAAAAACGCAGAGUGGGAGGAAGGCCUCAUCGCCUCCAGUAUUGAUGUAAGCUCUGGAUUAACAAAUGUACUUUUUAUGUAACUGUAUGUUUUUAUUUUCUAUUUUUAAAAAACCGAAGAAACACAACACUUGCUGAAGAGUGGGAUGGACAUUUUCUAUUUAAUGAGAAAAAAAAGAUGAGAGUAUUUAACGGGGGUGUUCCCUUUUUAUUUUGUUUGUAGUCCAAGCAAAUUAUUAAUAUUAAUGUUUAAAAAAUUGCUUUUGUGUAGCUGUUGUUUUUCCAGGUACACUAACAGUUAAUUAAGCUUAUGUAUGCUGAGGUUUAGUGCUUCUACACAGGUACAGCAGCAGAAUCCAACAUGGGAUUUGGACUACAUAAAGUCUGUUUUAAUGCUGAAUAUUGUAAUAAACCUGGUUAACAAAC